AUAAACUAGUUACAUUAUUUAUCUCUAGGUAAUAUGGUCGAUAAAAUUAUUCUUCAUUGGCUUGAUGGCUCUAGAGCACAAAGAAUUGUUUGGCUUUUAAAUGAAUUGAAUGUUCCAUUUGAAGUAAAACCAUACAAAAGAAAGAAUUUCCGUGCUCCACGUGAACUUCGUGAAGUAUUCCCAUUGGGUCGGGCACCAAUUGUAGAGAUUUUCCCUGAUGGUGAUGAGACUGAAGAACCAAUUGUAUUAGCAGAAACGGGUUAUAUAAUUAAUUAUUUGAUUGAAAAUUAUGACAAGGAGAAGAAAUUAAUUCCUACAUCUAGAAAAGAUCAAGAAUUAGUUAAGUAUUAUUUAUACUACGCUGAAGGAUCGCUUCAAUCUAUAUUAAUUGCACUCCUUGUUAAUAGUAAAGUUGCUGGAGCCAGUCCAUUUGGAUUAAAAUACAUCGCUGGGGUGGUCACACAAGCUAUUAACAAGGGAUAUUACCUUCCAGAAUUGAAAUCAAAUUUAAAAUUUUUAGAUGAUCGCUUAUCUAAAGUGGAAGGUGAUUAUUUCGUUGGUAAUAAAUUGACUGGGGCUGAUAUUAUCCUAAGUUUUCCAUUGGUUGAUAAUCUUUUCUCUGAUGUGACAUCAACAAAAGAAUUCACUGGAUUAGAUGUGGUUACAUUGUAUCCAAAUAUUAAAAGAUGGUCGGAUAAAAUUAAAUUGGAAACGAAUCGUUCUGAUGCUCUUUUGCAAGUUAAAAAUCUCAGUCCAAACCUUUGAAUUAUCAACAUUAUCUACACAUUUUCUCUUAUACUAUGACAUAAAAAAAUC